AUGGAUGAUCAUUUUGAUCAAAGUGAUCAUGGUUGGGAUGAACAAGAACCCAUCCCCCCUGAUUUAUCAGGAGAACAUUACCAACAGAAAAGGGAUGCCAUGAGAAUUUUAGAAGCCCACAACUUCAUGUGCAUCGAAAAGCUGGGGUCUGGAGCCUUUGGUGACGUAUAUAGAAUGACGGGCUUCUGUGGCCAAGAAGUUGCCGUUAAGAUUGUUUCCCUGGAAGUCAUUAAGCAAAAUGAGAUUGAAAUUUGGCCAAAAAUGUCUCACCCAAAUAUCAUCCCACUCCUGCAAUACUUUAGCUUCACUAACCCUGAUGUAGGAGUUUUUGUAAUGCCUAUUUACAGGGACAAUUUGCAAAAUGCAGCUCUAGAUGGGCAAUUUUUGAGACAAUCAGGUGCCCUAGACUACCUCAAAUUGUGGCUUAAUGAUAGCCUUUGUGGUCUAAUUUAUUUGCACUUUAAUGAGGCAUGCCACUUGGAUAUAAAGGCAGACAAUAUCUUGAUUUCGCAAGAUUAUAGAGCUGUCAUAUGUGACUUCUCUUGUUUGGCGUGUGCGACAAAGGCAAUACCAAGGGAUGAUCUUGGAUUGCCGCUCAUGUAUAGACCUCCAGAAGCGUGCCCAUCUUUUGGAAGUGGGGCAGAAGUUGAUGGCAAAGCUUUUGACUUGUGGGCGUUUGGUAUGAUGGUUUUAGAGCUUUUCACCAAUAAAGCUCUGGCCAGAGCAAUAAACAGCGCCGGAAACUGGAACAGAGACAUCUAUCCUAUCCUGUUCAACAUUCUCCAGGAGGAUGUUUUUAAGAGCUUCGUGCUUGGAAUAUUUUCCGCGACGGGCAUUGCAGACGGGCAAAUUAAGAUUGUCUUGAAUUUUAUUCACACUUUUCUGAUGCCCGACCAGAGGAAUAGGUGGAAUGCCGGAAAGGCAAUUGGCCACUGCUUCUUUAGCAAUUGUGGUAAGAUCGGAACAGGACACGAUUCNGCAUUGCAGACGGGCAAAUUAAGAUUGUCUUGA